AUGGCCACAAGUGCAUGUUCCCCAGGACCAGCUUACUGGCCGCCUGAAAUCAUCGAGGAGAUUGCGCGCCACAUCGAUGACUCGGAAACAAGUUCUAGUACCAGCACACUGUGUCAAUGCACACUAGUCUCCAGACACUUCAGGUCCAUCUUCCAACCGCUAGCCUUUGAGCGCGUUGGCAUGCACGAUCUGGAUACCGCUGACAUCGAGUACAAUUCAUCGAGCGGGCGUAAUUACAACCGAACACUUGCGUCGUUUGCCAGAUUGCUCGGGCUCAGGCCAGACAUUGCGACCUUCGUGCGGGGUCUUCAUUUGCAGAUUGGUUUUGUCUGCACGUACUUAUCCCCGCGGGAACACAUGCCCGCCAAGAACACGCUGCAAUAUGGCCCGCGUAUCCUCGAAGGUCUUGAUAGACUCGAUGAAUUCUCGCUCGAAUCACUCCCCCGAGCCCGCGACACUGAUUUCUUCGAUGCGAUCACCGAAACUCUGAGGUCGGGCUUCGAGGCGACACUGCGGUUGCCCACUCUCCACACCCUCAAUGUCUACAAUUUCCUUCAUUUACCAGCAUCGAUCGUACUGUCCCCCACAUCUGCGGUCAGGUCCCUAAAGCUGGUCAAGUCCUCCUUGGCCCCAUCGGGUGAAGACGUUCAUUCCGCCAGCCACUUGUCUACCCUCGAGCUUGUGGAAGUGGACAUGGGACCGCAACAGAGCUUGGUAUCAACAAUAUCAGCUCACCCCAACGCGUUCCGGGCUCUGCGACACCUCAAAGCGACUAACUCUUCCAUAUUCGCGGUUGAGAAGAUCGCCAGUUCUGCGGGAGAGUCAUUGCAGGAUCUUAAUGUCAGUGGGAGGUAUCACUCUGAAAGCACGAUUUACGGAUCCGUUCCCCACUCAUUCGACGCAAUCGACUUAACCGGCAACCCUCGAAUCAAAUCGCUGUCCCUCUCCUACACAUCCGGAGUGCGCCCGCGUACGCUCAAAGAAGUACUCCUCUGCAGCACCUGUCCCACUCUACGUACCCUUUUCCGUUCCGAUCUGGAACGGUUUACGCUGAAAUUCAACGUCCUCCGGAAAGAAGGCGUUGUGGAGAUCUUGAGCAUCGAUGCAUGGGCGCAUCUCGACUCUGUCUUUUCCGAUGGGCAUUUCCCUCGCCUUCGAGUGGUAAAAAUAUGCAUUGGCGAUGUUUUUCCUCAGAGCCUUAGUAAGGACAGUGUCAACAACAUUGCAGAACGUUUAGAGGAGGCCAGGACGAACCUUCUUCCUUCAGUCGCUGCAUUAAGCAGUGUCAAUUUUGAUCUUCUUUCCAACUUUACCGAUACAGAGCUGAGUUCCUGA